AUGUCCUCGCGCUCUGCCUCACCUCAACAGCGCUUUUCAUCACGCAGCCCGAUGCCCGACAGCCGCAAGAACCCCAAAACGGCGCUUCGCAUCGACUUUCUCACGCACAAUGUCCGCGAAUCGCACCUCCAUCACGUCUUCGGAUGGUACGGUCGAGUAGAGAGGGUUCACCUCACACCGUCUCGCGGCAUGGCGCGGGACCGCGACGGGUGGGCGCAUGUGGUGAUGGGGAGCGUCGAGGAAGCGGCCAAGGCGGCACUGUAUAUGAACGGCGGCCAGAUCGAUGGGGCCAGCUUCAGCAUCAAGACGUGCAAACCGCCUGAAGUUCCGCGCGAAGAGGAGAGGGAAGAGCAGAGGAGCUGGGGUCGGGAUCGACGUCCACAAUCGAGCAGGAACGGACGAAAUGACGCAUAUGAAGACAGGCGCAGGGCGAGCCGAAGCGAGGACCCUCACUACGUAGGCAGAGAUGGAGUAAGACCGCGAGGCGUUCAUCCUGACCGGCAGAGGAUGAUCGGAGGCGACCGAUUCAAUUAUGGCGACGGGCGAGACGAUGACUACAAGAUUCCGAUGCGAAAGUGGGGUCAGGCCGAACCGUCUCGUUCUCAUUCAAGCCGAUCCAGGGAUCGCUCUAUGUCCCCACCUCCUGAUCGCAGUGCGAGGCGCGAUUCACCUUCCUAUUAG